UGAUCCUGAGCUGCAGUGGGAGUUAUCUGAGCUAAAGAGACUUGGCCUCACAUAAUCGCAGAUAGUAGUUCAAAGGUGCGCGCGCGCACACACACACCCACACACACAAUACACUCCGAUCUUCUGUAAUCCAAAAUUCAAUUUGGGUGUAAAAAGGAAAACUUGCAUCUUAAAAACUUUUCCUUUUCGCUGUGCGUGCGUGGUUUUCUGGUGACUAGGCUUCUCCGCGUUGGAAAAAGGCGUUCAGUGAUUCACCAACCUGUGCAAAUGUGGCUCGUAUUUCGAGGAAACGCCAGGGUGAGGUCGGUAUUAUUCAAUACAUGCUGGCAAGCCUGUAAAUAAACAUAAGCAGGCUUAAUGCUGCGGAGAUGAGCAUGCCCAGUCUUGAGGCUGACCCCGUGAGGGACGGGGCCACAGGGGACUCACGUGUUUUAUCCAGAAAACAAUGUCGAAGCAAGGAAGUGUUGGACAAAAUGUGACGCUGGGACAAUAGGCGAUCGAAUGAGAAUAAUGUGGGACUAUUGCUUUCUCUUUUUUUCUUCUUCUUCUUUCCCUCCGAAUAAUUAACCGAUAAUGGUACCAAUAGGUUAUUCGGAGAGACCACAGGGUGGAGGCUUCAGCUGCAUUCUCCCCCUUUUCUUUUUGAGAAGCCUGUCGGGUGUGUGUGGAUGGAUGAGGUGUGCGCGCGCGCUCGUUUCAAGUUACGAGUCAGGACUUGUGUGUGUGGGUGUGGGUGUGGGGGUGUGUGUGUGUGUGUAUGCGUCUGAGUCGGUCCGUGCAAAAAAAUCGUAUGUGCACGAGCCUUCGUUUUAUACUGCAAAGUUGCUAUGCGCAACGACAAAGUGUGUGCAAAACGGUUUCUUCAACGGUGGGUGAAUUACAUUCAGUGCUUUUUUUGUUCUCUUUAAAAAUGUGCUCUGCAGAAAUGUAUUAGUGGGUCAAUUUAUAACCUAAUUAUAAUUUAUUAUAUGAUAUUUUCUAUAAUUGUAAUAAGUCUAUUUAUAAUGGCCACGUCAGAAUUUAGGAAAGUCGUCAAUAUUUUUUUUUUUUUUAAAACAUGUGGAAAGGGAAAAGCAACCCUGACUGGCGCUUCUGUUCUGCACUGUUCACUACUUGUGUUAAAAGAGGGAAUAACAAAGCAAAACGUUGAAUAUGUUCUCCUUUAAUUACCUUAAUAAUUACACCCUAAACGUAUUACAAGAGGCACUUGUUAUUUACUUUUCGCUCAAUAAGCCGUGCGUAAUUACGCAUAAGAAAUGGUGCAGCAAUAUGCACAUCUUUUGAAAUAAAUAGUGAAAGAAUUAAAACCCCAACCUGUAAUCUUAGAGUAUAUGUGGGUCAUUCUGCGCAAGCGUGGAAAAGAUAGCAUAUUUGAAACGUAUAAAUAUAAAAAAUAUAUUAAAAAAUGUUUAAAAUGCGCUGCGUCACACAUACACCAACAUAAGAUGGAACUAUUUUAUAAGCAUGCGCAUAUUACACAUAUUACACCUUAUUGUUAAACCUAAAGGGAACAACAUCAUACAUUGCGGUUUAUAACGGAUUCCAGAGUUGUUGCUGACUAUUUUUGUAAUAAACAUAGUAUGGGUUUUGUGUGUGUGUGUGUGUGUGUAUAGCUACAGAAACAUCCGCUCCUUCUAGAACAGCACUAUUUGCUCAAACGGCAGACUGUGGGCACAAUUGUAAACUACUGUAAUGGCAGGGUGUGGGAGGGGGUGGGGAUGGAAUAUCCAUUUUUAUUGCAUCACCUGUCAGCGCCGUCCAAUGGGCGUCCACUCCGCCAGCAUUAAUUGAUGAAGGUGUCUCCAGACUGGUCCACCUCCCUUUGCAUGUCGGUCUUUUUUUUAUUUUUUUUUAUUUGUGGCUUAGCCAGCAGCCAGAAAAGCAGCUGCUUUUUUAGCUCUUAUUCUGCUUCUCCCCUGUCUCCGAUUCACUCUUUCCUCCCUCCCUCCUCCCUACCCUCGCAAUACCUCCCUCUCUCCCUCUCCUCCUCUAGCUAUUUUAUCCCUCUGGCUGAGGCAGUGGUGCACACCUACCCCUCGUCCUGCUGCCGACCAGAGGGGGAGUGGAGCCGGGCGGAGGCAGGUAACAACGGCGGCCCCCGGCUUGGUGGACGCAUCCCUGCGCAUUCCUUCACCAUGCCGGACCGGGGUGGACGCAGUCGGCAAGCUAGUAGACAGGGACUGCCCCAUUUAAAACUCCGCAUGUCAAAGUUUGCAUUUUCAUGACGCAGCAGCAGCAGAGUGGAUGGAUUAAAGGUAUGCAGGAUGCCUUGAGCCUGAGACCCUGUGCCAUUUGCUGGUGAAGCCACAGAGUCCAAGCAGAGACUGCAUGGAUUGAUGCGCCAAACAUGGGAGACCUGGUUUGUGGGUUUGAGGAAAUGCAAGGAGUGAGACUGGGAUACCUGCUCAUCAAAGGGAAGCAAAUGUUUGCUUUGUCUCAGGUCUUCACCGACCUGCUGAAGAACAUCCCUCGGACUACGGUGCACAAGCGCAUGGACUACCUGAAGGUGAAGAAGCACCAGUGCGACCUGGAGGAGCUCCGGAAGCUCAAGGCAAUAAACUCCAUCGCUUUCCAUGCCGCUAAGUGCACACUUAUAUCGCGGGAGGACGUGGAGGCUCUGUACGUCUCCUGCAAGACGGAGCGGGUGUUGAAGUCCGCGAAGAAAAGGAGAGCGACAGCGGCGUGCGCCCGCGCGGACGACGACGAGGAGGAGCACGCGCCCUCGGGUGUCCUGCGCGCGGACGCGGAGCUGAUGUGGAAGGAAAAAGUUUGGUUCAGUUUGCACGGCGUCCCAGAGAAUCUCGCGCUGCACGGCAGAGCGGGGAGGAGGAGGGAGCUGAGUCCUUCUUCUUGCCUUACCGACGCCAAACUACCUCAAUUUUACCACAAAGCCCACGGACGGGAUUGCCGUUGGACGACCAAAUCCAGCCGCAAACACGUCAAAAACUAUGAAACUGAGAAAUGUACAGGGAACAGAUUCGCUGUGAGCCAAAGGCACGCGUUUUUCCGGCAGCCGGUCUUGUUUCAGUCCGCCGCCGCCGCAGCAGCUCAGUCCAGGCUCUCGCGCUCAGCCGGCGACUCGCUCCACAAAAGGAAGAGGAGGCGCGAGGGGGGCGGCAGGAGCAAACACGUGCAUCUGCACGCGCCGCCGGUGCUGCUAGUCCAGCCCAAAUCCUCCGGAGCUUCUUUCGGUGCUUUCCACCUUACUCCGGAUUUCUAUCUGGACCCGCGACCUCACCACCAUCACCACCACCACCACCAUCACCACCAUCACCACCACAACAGCAGCAGCAGCAACAUCAACGAGCCCGGCUUCGCGGAGAGCUACAGCAGCGACACCGAAUCCUGCAGCACAUACUCGGACCCACAGUGCCAGGACUCGGACUUCGGCUCCGGGUUCUCCAGCAGCAGCAGCAGCUCCGAGGAGGAAGAGGAGGAAGACGACACUCAGUCGGAAAGCUCAGAGGUCAGCUCCGAUGAAGAUGAGGAGAGUUCCACUCAGUCCGACUCGAGCUCCGUUUCAAGCCGCGUUUCGGUCCAAAGCAUCCGGUUCAGACGUGCACGGGUGGGUCUGCACACCGGGAAAGCACCUUUGGUCCUGCAGCCCACCUUUCACUACAACAACCAGCAGCACAGGACGCUGAGUCAUGGCGACAGCAGGCAGGACAAACAUCAACAAUGUUGCUUUGGUGAACCACGAAAGGACUCUUUACAGUUAAACCCGGUGGCUAACGGCAGCAUUUUCACCGAGCCCGCAAAAGAAAAAGCGUUUGACUGUGACUCAAACAGGACUGAGGAGGAGCCGGUCCCUUACUCCCCGGGGAUCGACCCGAACAAGGCCUCUCUCCCGGCCGCAUUCAGGUCCCGGGGGUUCAGCGCACACGCUGACCCCAGCAAGCUCCAAAAAUGCGUCGACAAGCGGGAGAAGCUGAAACCGAGCACCCCGCCGAAAAGAAUAAAGACCGAGUCCGAGGAGCCCCACGCAACCGCGUCCCCCUACCCCGACAGCGGCAGGACAGCCUUCAAUCUCAGCAACGUGAAAAUAAAAGUGGAGGAAAGCUGCGAUGAAUAUGAAUACCUGCACAGCCAGACCGCUGUGGUCAAAUGUAAAGGAGAUAAGGCAGAUCUCAGCGGAGCCAUCAAACAUGGAGGCUUUUCUAGCUGCGGGAUUAAAGCCGCGGAGAAAAGCCCCGACGUGGCCCCCAGGUCCCCCUGCGGUCCUCAGGAAUGCAGGAGUAGCCAGGACGCCCCCAGCGUAGAGGAGGGGGAGCAGAGAAACAAAACCUGCAGGGCUCCGGGGCGGGAGGCAAAGAAACGCCGAAUUUCCCGGACGCACAUAAAACAAAACGUGCCUAGAGUCAACGAGGCUCCCGCUUCCUCUUCCUGCUCCUCGUCUUCUUCGUCCUCCUCCACCACGGAGGAUUUACGGAGCAGACGCAAACGCAGCACCGCCAGCAGCUUAGCAGCAGCAGCGGCUUCUCUAGCUAAAACGCCUUUCAGCCUGAUUGCAAAUUUCCCAUCCCCGCCGUCGCUCGUCGUUGACAGCGACGGGGAUUUGUGCCCUGCUUACUCACUGAGCUCACUGAGGGCAGCCGGGCCUCCUCCUCCGUCCCACCCCGUGUGGAGGUGGCAGCCAGGCGGCCAGAUUCUCCCUCCCCCACUGCACACUCAGAGAACGAGGAAAUAUUGAGCUGAGACAAAAAAAAGGGGGGGAAAAGUCCCAACUAUGUCUAUUUCCACGUACCCUGUGUUUUAAGGUGCUCACCCCUUUUGCCUUUGUUUGUUUUUAUUUUUCAAACUUUUUUUCCUUAUCUGGGAUUUACAUUCCGUUUUUAUUCCUCCCUCCCCACCCUCACUUCCCUGAAGAAAAGCCACAAGAUCCCACUUGAAGCCUCCACAGGACUGUGAGACACAACUCGUGGAUUAAUGCCUGAAAACCUCCUUUCAAAAUAAGCUAUUCAAUCUAAGCAAUAUGUUUUGCUCCCCCAAUCUUUUUUUUUUUUUUUUUUUUUUUGGCGUAACCUUCUUUGUCGGUUUUCCUGCUUUGCUCGACCUGUUGGAUUGUCUGGUUUCAGUGGGUUUGUUCUUUGUCUAAAUUUUUUUUUUUUUAAAUGUGAUUUUAAAAA